CCUUAACAACAUCUUCAUUAUUGUUUUCUUUGUUUUCAUCGCCAUUGUCUUUGCUGUUGUGAAUCUCCUCAUUCGUAACUGGAACAUUCUCAUCGUCAGACACUGGGGUUCCUUCCCAAGCAAUUCUUCCGGCUACAAAACUAUAGACUAGUUCGUUCUGACUACACCCAGCGCAAUAGCACUUUUUAUUAAUAACUUUUGUUGCUUGUUAUAUCCGAGCCAAUAGAAUACAGUAAAGCUGUGUUUUCAACUUGUGAACAUGGAAAACUAUCCCACAUUUACAAUUGUUAUCAAACAACUGUGCGCAUUGUAAUUUCCACCCUUUUUUUCAGUGUGAUCCGUUCUCAAAUACAAGCAGUUAUGACAGCUACGCCAUUGAAUAUUGAUGAGGGUACCUUCUCAAUAUCUAACCAUCCAAUUGCUAGCAUGGUGCAGAGCUACAUCCAUAUGCAGCCUGAAGUAGAGUAUGUUUUGUCUUCAGUCGUGGAAGAGAAAGCUCGUAGACACCUUUCGUAUAAAAUUCACAGCGCAAAAUCUAUGUCAGAAAAGUUAGCUGGGCGUAAUCGGUUUUCUCGUUGUCGAACAAGAAAGAUAAGAGAGUGUCAUUUUUUAUUUAGAAUUCCUAAUUGUUGAUAUUAUAACACAGAUCAAAGAAUACUUUAGCAAGUUAAAAGGACGGAGAAAUGAUCAAAAAGAAUAAAGGUCAUUAGCUUUUCCAAGUGUCCAGCUAUUCCAAGAAACGUCGAACUUUUGAAGGAGAGAAAGGUGCGUGUUGUUGCAUGGAAUAG